GCCCCAAUCUCCCAGCCGCCCCGUCUCAACUCAGCGCCAUGGAUCGCGACCGCCACCGCGGCGAGGACCGCCGCCGCCACGACACCGACGGACAUCACCACCACCACAAGGCUCGGGAUUCCGUGGGGCGCCGCGAUUCGGCCGACCGCGAGCCGCCGUCACGGAAACGAAAGGACCACGACAGCGGCCGGGAAGGGGGGAAGCGGCCUAGGGCCUCAGUGGACCCGCCUCCGCAGAAGGAGGAAAGGCCACGGCGAGAGCGCAAGAAGCUUGAGUCAGGUGCUGCUAAUGGAGAUCCACAGCGCGCCGCAGCGCCUAAUCGCGGUGCUCUCAAUUCUGCACCUGCUGCUGCGGUGCCAUCUGCUUAUCCUGUUCCUUCAAAGGUAUAUUCGAUUACUACCACCACUGAAAACAGGGGAGUUAGUAUUAGAUCUGACGAAGUUACUGGGAAAUCUAGUGCAGAUGGAACUGCAAAUUCAUCCGCUGGCACAAGUAGCAACUUAAGUCUUGAUGCUUUAGCGAAAGCUAAAAAGGCUUUGCACCUGAAGAAGGAAUUAUCAGAAAAACUCAAGAGAUUACCUGUGCGUAACUUACUUGGUACUGCUAUUGCCGAUACACAGAUUCCUUCACAAGAGAUUGCUACUAAGAUGGGAUUUCGCCAGGAUCCACAGUAUGCACCUCAUACCAGCAUGUUCCCUGGUACAUCCAGUGAAGUGAAUGUCCCUGUUCUCCGUUUUGAUGCUCAAGGUAGGGAAAUCGAUGAGCAUGGAAAUGUUAUCAGCGUGACCAAGCCAAGCAACCUGAGUACUCUGAAGGUCAACAUUAACAAGCAGAAGAAGGAUGCAUUCCAGAUUAUCAAACCAGACUUGGAGUCGCUUGCAAAAUCUACCGUUCAUUUUGAUGAAAGGAUGUGCAUCAACCCAACCAAGCUUCUUCGUCCUAAAAGGCCAGGAUUCCUGUUUAUCGAGGAAGGCAAACUUUUGAGGCAGGCUGAAUUGCAGAGGAUUAAGAAUCAAUUUGGUGAAGCACAAGCCAAAGAGCUUAAAGUAAAGCAAGCUCAACUUGCCAAGGCAAAGGUCGAAGCUGACAUGAAUCCAAACCUAAUUGAAAUUGCUCCUGGUGGAAGGCCUCCAAACCAGAAGCCGAAGGAAGAGAUUCCUGACAUUGAGCCAUGGGACUCAAAAAUCCUGAUUUCUGCCACGUACGAGGACAUCUCCUUGGAAAAGCUUAAUAUGGAUAAGAUCACCAUCUACGUGCAACAUCCAGAGCCAUUGGAACCACCGGCUAAGCCCAUGACACCACCGCCUCAACCACUUAAGCUUACUAACAAUGAGCAGAAGAAGUACAGAACACAGAGGCGCCUCGCUACGGAAAAAGAUAGGCAAGAAAUGAUUAGGCAAGGCCUCUUGGAGCCACCAAAGCCCAAGCUCAAGAUGAGCAACCUUAUGAAAGUACUUGGUGCACAAGCUACACAGGACCCGACACGCAUGGAGAUGGAGAUACGAAUGGCUGCUGCAGAGCGCAAGCAGGCUCAUGUCGACCGCAACAUUGCCCGCAAACUCACGCCAUCUGAGCACCGUGAGAAGGAGAGGAAGCUUUUUGAUGAUCCUGACACAUUAGACUAUUUUACUGUUUGUGUGUACAGAAUCAGAGACCUGUCGAACAGUCAGACACGCUUUAAAGUGGACGUGAAUGCCCGGGACAACCGGUUGACUGGGGCUGCAGUUACCACGGAUGGUAUAAGUGUUGUGGUUGUGGAAGGAGGGGUGAAGUCGAUCAAGAGGUACAAUAACCUGAUGCUGAACAGGAUUGACUGGGCUGCUGCAGUUGGUGGCAAGGAUGUCGCCGACGAGGAGCCGGUGAAUAGCUGUGCAUUAGUAUGGCAAGGUAGCGUGGUGAAGCCCGCCUUUCCCAGGUGGUUCGGUGUGCGCAAGUGCGUGAGUGAGGCUUCUGCCAAGAAGGUGUUUGUAGAUGCUAAAGUUGCACACUACUGGGACCUGGCUGUCAACUUCCUGGAGGAUUCGUCUUGAGCUCAAGCUUCUGGUCUUCAAGACAAUGAGAGCGAUUGCUCUGGAUCAUUCUAUACUUUGUAUUGUCAUGAACAUGUCAUUUUCAGACUGUAGAUGAACUGAACGCAUGAAAGAGCUGUAGGGUUUUUGCAAUAUGCUUUCAAAUAAAUCCAGUACGCCUUAUCAGUUUAA